ACUCGCUCAGCUGACAUCCUUCCAUUCCUUUUCCAUCGCAAUUUAUUUAUUUUUCUCACUGUCCGUAAUUUUUUUAUUUUACUUUCAUUUUUCCAGAAUCUCUCUUUCACUCCCUCCCUCCCUCUCUCUUCCUCACACGUAUAUAUGUGUAUGUGAGUGUAUGUGUGUGCAUGUAUGUGCGCGUGCGUGUAUUUAUUCUUUUACUCACUCUUUACACACACACACACACACACACCCGUACAUACAAAUGCACAGUUACCUAACUCGCUAGCUCACUAGUUUUCUAUCUGUCCGUGCAUCCGUCUUACUAAUACUUCACUAAACACUUCCUCGUUUACUCUUUUGUAUUUCUCUUCUUUCUUCCUCUAUUUAUCUCUCCCUUUCCUCUCCCUCUUUCCCUUUCUCUCUCUCUCUCUCUAUCUUUUUCACUUUUUCAAUUUCUCUCCCGCCACCUCUUCCCUCACUUCUCUCACGAUCCACUUCUGUCCAUCAUUCUAUUGGCUCUCCUCCCAUUAUGUUUCAUUUCAAAGCCUCCUUUCACCCUUCAUAGCACUCUUUUAAGCGGGAGUGACUUCUAACUACUGUAUAUAUGCAUUCGUUCCAUACUGACAUCUGCUAAACUUUUCUCUUCCUCAAUUAUAAAGCUUCGUAUUAGCUGAAACCCUGAUUCAUUCAGUGGAUAACAUUGUUUCGGACUUUCUCCCUUCUUUUUUCUUCUAAGGAACUGAAAGAGCAAAAACAGAAAUGCACAACACAAUCAUUACUUCGUCCACAUGUGCCACUUACAAUAACCUAUGAUAGCCUUAAAAGAAUGCAUUUUGCGUAGAUGCAUUUUAAAAUAUGUGAGCGUGUUGUGGCAGAUAAUAAGCAAGUACAAAAGCACGUGUGCGCUUACGUAUAUACACUCGCACGCACGCACAAACCCUCAUAUCACAUACAAGCCCACAGUGGUAUACGUUCGACUAUACACAUUUAUAUUUACAAAGGCAAGUACGCACACAUGCCUGCAUGCAUUCAUACGAACAAACAUUACAUUACAUUACAUGCAUACGUUCUCAUAUGCACCACGCGCAUGCACUCGCAUACACGAAUACGCGUUUUACCGCCGCCGUUACGAUCAGAGCACGCAGACACAUGUUCAUGCAUUCAUACAUCUACAGACACCGAUAAAUAGAUAAGUAGAAAAAGUCAUAUAUAUAUAGAGAGAGAGACAUAUAUAUAUAUAUAUAUAUAUAUGUAUAUAUGCAUCUAUAUAUGUAUAAGUAUGCACGUAUGCAUGUAGAUAAAUGAAUAAAUAAGGUUUGGUAGUGAAUAAAUAGACAGGCCUGUAAAUAGUGGUUGCAAUAAAGACGAGGAGUUAGGAAAAACAGGGAGUAUAGCAAAAAAAAAAAAAAAAAAGAAGUGAGAGGGAAGACAAUUUCCAAAGGGCUAAAGGAUUUUGGUGGUGCAAUGGCGGCAGUAACAGUUGCAGCGGCGGCCACAGGAAGAGAUAUGAAAGGAAAGAGAGAUAUAUGGAGACACAUCACCAACGGUGAGGCAUUUGCCAACGCGAGACAACAACAAGAAAACGAACAGGCGAAAAACCAUCUCGUGUUAACACCGACAAAUAACCUCACAACACCGCAAGCAGUACCACCACCAUCGUCAACAACAACAACAGCAUCAUCAACACCGUCAUCACCGCCGCCACAACCACCACUAGGAGCAACAACAACAACCAUCAACACAACAGACAUCUUGGCGUCAUUUACAAAGACAAGGACAACAGUUGUGACAACGACUCAACCGAAAGUUGAAAGCUUUCAUACAAACAUGCAGAACGGAUCUUUAACCGCUUGUCGUCCUUGGAAGCUGUACUUCCAAAACACAGACAACGAUAGCAAAUCUUGUUUGGCUGUAGGUCAAUCUCAUUUGGCAUGUCUCUGUUGGUCUCUGGGAAAUGCAACAGCCGCAGACAUGGCUCUUGUAGAACAAGGUGAUAGUGCUCCCCCUGAGAACUGUCAUCGUCUUGUCAUUCUUGGAUCGGCAAAAGUAGGGAAGACUGCCAUUGUUUCAAGAUUUCUUGCCAACAAAUUUGAUGAGAACUACACACCGACCAUAGAGGAUUUUCAUCGGAAAAUUUACCGAAUUCGUGGAGCUCCCUAUCGGCUCGAUAUAUUGGAUACAUCUGGAAAUCAUCCGUUUCCAGCCAUGAGACGACUAUCGUUUAUCACAGGUGACUUGUUUAUCCUCGUCUAUUCUAUCGACAGCCGAGAGUCUUUUGAAGAAGCUAUACGACUACGAGAACAAAUUCUAGAAUGUAAAGGUCACUGUGCAGGUUUAAAGAGUCAAAAGACUUUGGAUAUCCCAAUGGUUAUUGUCGGUAACAAAGCUGACAAAGAAAGUGAAAGGGUUGUCGAAGCCUCAGAAGUGACUAAGCAGAUAGAAGGACAGCAUGGCUGCGCUUUCGUUGAAUCAUCAGCAAAAAAGAGCGUUAAUGUUGAUGAAGUAUUUCUACGUUUAUUUGAAAUUGCUAAACUCCCUUCAGAAAUGAGUCCAUCAAUGCACCGCCGAGUUCAGCCAACAUACAUUGGUUCAACUAGUGGUAACAAUCAAAGAAAAGGAAUGUCUAUUCGACGAAAAAUGAGUGAUGCUUGUGGAACUGUUGCACCAAAUGUACGUAGACCAAGUAUUAGAACUGACCUGCUUGUUGCUCAGACAAGGACAGGGCGCACUAAAACCUCACCAGAUGGAGCACGUGAAUCUAAAUGUCUGAUACAGUGAUCUAUUUGACAAGAACUGUUUUUUGUUUCCAUUUUGAAAAGCAAAUUAUAAUUUCAUUGAAAACUGGAAUUCUGACAGGAAACUUUGCCUAUAAUAUUCUCUCGUUUGUACGGAUUGGAACAAUAAGCAAAUACUUCCUUUUAACUUGUUCUGUGCACGUAAAUAUUCCUGAACAGAUUAGAAAUAUAACUCAACAUACAGAGCUGAUUUUCUGUUGAAAGUGACACAUUGAAGUAUAUGUUUUUAAACGUUUUGUAUUAUUUUGUAGAUUGCUAGAUCGGCUGUAUUUUUCAUCAACUGGUUGAUAUAUUUUUAUUUAUUCAUCUAUUUCUACUAGAAAAGUAAUUUAAACAAGUCUCAAUUGUAGUUUGAAUUUCUGAGUACUAAAAAAAACUAUUUUCAAAUAUUUCGUCACCGCUCAGGUGGUUUUGUAUCACUUUCAAUAAUGUAAUUCAGAUACAUGUGAAUUAAUAAGUUUAAAGGGCUCACAAUUUUUAAUAUUCAGGAUUUCAGAUUAGAAAGCAGACUUUAUAAAUACUUAUUGCCAAAGUUAAUUCAUUAAAAACUAUAUGAAAACAUGUGAUUUCCUUACCUUUAUAAGUGGAUACAAUAGCAAAUUUAAUAAUUUAAAUACAUUUCAGAUCAUAUCAGGAAUUGAAAGUUAAAGACAUCGUUGAACUUUAUCACUCAUUAUCUACAAGGAGCUCACAAAGUAAAGCUGCUCCAGUUUCCACUCUAGCGAUGAUAACAUUUCUUUCUUGUCUAUUUAUUUCUUCUGAAACAUUCUAUCAAUUCCUGCCUUAAAUUCAUCCGCCGUUUUCACAUCCAAACACACUACUAGAAGUGUUCUCAACCACUUACCAAACUGUGAGAAAAAUGUAUAAGUAUUCUUCCACCAGCCAAAUCCUGUUUCAUUUUAUUUAAAUUUUACCUUUAUAAACUGCAAGAGAGAAAUAUUUUUCUUAAAGAAUUUAAACCCACUUAUGCAUGUCAUCCAUGCAGAAUCUCGGAUAACUAAUGAGGAAUCCUAUUAUAUUCAACUAGGUCUUUAUAAAACACAAUACAAAAGCGCUGCAUUAUGGGUGUCUUUCUAUUUUGGCUACUUAUAUAAUCACUAACAAUUUUGCUUAAAGCAAUACUAUUUUUUUAAGAGAAACACAGGUAAUAAUCUGAAAACAUUAAUUCUGAAGACACUGGCAUUUUCUUUUAUAAUAAAUGCAUAAAUUAUGAAGAGAACAGCUGGAAUCCACAGACAUUUUCUAUUUUACUUAGUUGGCCUUUUGCAGUUUAUUUCUUAGAUUCUUUGUUAGUCGGGCGCAAAUAUAAUUUUCUCAAAACAUUACUGCACAUUUGAACCCUGACACUACUAGUGUUUGUGGCAGGGAUGUAGCAUUCGUCGACAUUAAGAGAGUCAACAACCGGACAUUCUGCUCAUAAAUUUCCUUUUUUCCAUUGUUUGAUUUUCAUCUUCAUAAUCUAAUGACAGUCGAACAUCUUUCUUACUAACGGUGAUUUUAUACGACACAGUGUCAAAUGACAGACACAUUGAUAUAAAUUAUACUUACAGACAUUUACAAAUUUACUAUGUGUACACACAAAGAGAGAGACUGGGAAAGAAUAAAGUAUAACAAUAUGUGAAUACACAAAUACAGAUUCUCGCAUUAUAUACAUGGACUCCAAGUAUGAGAAUUAGGUGUGGUAUAUUUUUCUAAUACAGAACACAAUCCAAUAACUUUAACAUUAUGAACUCCCAUAACGAGAGAGUUUUUUUCCUUAAUGACGGAAAUAUUGGGACUAAUCCAUUCCACCUUUACAGUUUAUCACUGUUAUACAAUAUUAUUUUAAUGUUAACAUCAUUAUUAUUAUUUUUAUGUUUUCGUUUCUUGAAAUAUUAUUUUCCAGUUCUAUUUGAUAUUGUAACGGGGAUGAUGAACUUUUUUCUAUAAGCUACCCAAAUGAGGAUGAGAAUGUUGUUGUUGAUGAUGAUGAUGAUGAUGAUGAUGAUGCUGAGGAGGAGGAGGAGGAGGAGGAGGAGGAGAAGGUUGCUGUUGUUGCUGUUGUUGUUGUUGUUGAUGAUGAUGAUGAUGAUGAUGAUGAUGAUGAUAAUGAUGAUGAUGAUGAUGAGCUUGCUAGUGGUGGUAAUGAUAAUGGUGGUAAUGGUAAUGAUGAUGAUGACGACGCCAAGUGAACUACAUUUCUUUGAGUUCACUAGUGACAAAUCCAUCAUCAAAUUUUACAGCCUAGAUUGAACUUAGACAGUUUGAUAUUAGUUGCAAGUAAUAUAAAAAAAAUGUUGUGGAGGUAAGAAGUAUAUCUUAAUGGUAUAUUUAAUAAUCAAUUAUUGUCAUUUAUUAAACAGUUUCAUUAUCAAUA